GUGACCGACCCACCCGGGAGCGGGUGGCUGCGUGGCCCGGGGACGCCUCUGGCAGAGCACUUCUGCUGGAGGGCAGCGGUCGCUCCGAGCAAUGCCGCUCCUCUCCUAGAGACCCGGUUGUGAGCCCCGGUUCAGCGUCUCGGCGCGAGGACCACGUGUGCUCGCGUGUAGAUGAUUCCCAAGUGGUCCUGUGGGACCGCGACCGGCAAAGGCUGUCGCCCUGCUGCUAGCGGCCCUUGGAAAAGGGAAUGGAGAGCUUGCAAAGGUUCCACGUGCAAAGUGCUUCCACGUGCGAAUGUUCAUCCUGCUACCUGCCAGAGAAACAGCUCUGCCUCCCAAAAGCGUAGUCCGUGCAGUCAGUCCAGGCUUUCCUUCACGUUAAACAAGUGUCUGAAAACUGGAGGAGUAUGAAGUCCAGAGACUCCAGGUAACUUGACUCUCCUGUCCUGAGGUGCUGCUGCAGGAUAUUGCCUGGAAGUGUCCUCUGCUUCAGCUGAACUUUGAUUUCUCAUCUUUCAGGUAGUAGUCCAUGAUGUGAAUGAGCUGACGGAAAAGCUGUUUCCGAUUGUCGAAGCCAUGCAGAAACACUUCAGCGCUGGAUCGGGGACCUACUACAGCGACUCGAUCUUCUUCUUGUCGGUUGCAAUGCAUCGCAUCAUGCCCAAAGAAAUAACACAGAUCAUCCAGGUAGACUUGGACCUGAAGUAUAAGACCAACAUCCGAGACCUGUUUGAUGAAUUUGACAACUUCCCGGAGGGAGCAGUCAUCGGGAUUGCCAGGGAAAUGCAGCCAGUGUACAGGCACACGUUCUGGCAGUAUCGCCGUGAGAACCCCCAAACCAAAGUGGGGGACCCCCCUCCUGAUGGGCUGCCCGGCUUCAACAGCGGCGUCCUGCUCCUGAACCUGGAAGCCAUGAGGCAGUCCAAGCUCUACAACCAGCUGCUGGAGCCUGCCAUGGUGCAGAAGCUGACGGAGAAGUACCACUUCAAGGGCCACCUCGGGGACCAGGAUUUCUUUACCAUGGUUGGGAUGGAGCACCCAGAGCUCUUCCACGUGCUUGACUGCACGUGGAACCGGCAGCUUUGCACGUGGUGGAGGGACCAUGGAUACAGUGACGUGUUCGACCAGUACUUCCAGUGCGAGGGUGAGGUCAAGAUUUACCACGGGAACUGCAACACCCCGAUCCCCGAAGACUAGGGCACCCGCCACCCCUGGGAGCAGCUCUGACUGCAGCAAGCCCUGCAGAGCUGUAGUGGCUGGGCCCAGCACGCC